GGUACCAUAGCUAAAUUGUAUUAUCAUUCGGAUGUUCAAUGAGUUUGUCCAACAGUCGUCUGAAUCCGAUGGUGAUUGGGAGGUUCGUGAUCCCUUUAAAAACUUCAAAUUUACUCGAUAUUUGAAGGAAGAGGUUGUUCAGUCGAUAAGAAAAAAGCAAUAUGAAGAUGGUACGAGCAAAUGUGGUCCAUUUACCAAUCGCGCGUAUACAUUUGUCACAAUUCCUCGAUAUCUAGAAUCGUUUAUGGCUUAUGGGAUGUUGCAGUGUUUGGAUCACUUACUGGUUAUUUACACAUUUCUUCCAUUACGUUGUUUUCUCGCUGUAUUAAAUUUAAUGCUAAGAAUAUCCAGUGGAAUAUUUCAAUUUUUCACAUAUUUUAAUCAAUACCAUGAUGCACCUCCAUCGAAGACUUCACGGUUAACUUUACUGUAUAAUUAUGAAUUACGUGAUCUGAUCAAAUUUUCUUUAUUGUGUAUAUGUACUGUUAUUUUAACAAAAUAUGACAGUUCCAUGGCUUAUCAUGAAAUAAGAACACAAUCGGUGAUAAAAAUUUAUAUCUUUUUCAAUUUACUCGAGGUCGCAGAUCGUUUAUUAUCUGCUGUUUGUCAAGAUGCAUUGGAUGAUUUACUAUUUACGAUCAGUAAACCGCGAUCUGAUUCAGUUUUAUCUAAUGAUCUAGAGGAAAAUAGCUUCAUUUUCUGGCGUGAUAUUGUUUUACAGUACUGCUUUGCUUUCUUUUGUCUCAUAGCCCACUGCUUCCUUCUGCUAUGUCAAGUUACUACUUUAAAUGUAGCAUUCAAUUCACAAAAUAAAUCAUUGAUAACUGUGUUUAUUUCGAACAAUUUUGUUGAAUUAAAAGGUAAUGUAUUUCGUAAAAUGGGAAAAACAAAUUUAUUUCAAAUUGCUUGUGCUGAUGUGCGUGAACGAUUUCACUAUUGUGUUUGGUUUUCAAUUAUUGUAUGCCGUAAUAUGAAUGAAAGUGGAUGGAAUUUAGAUGAUCUUCAAACAAUUCUUAUUGAUGUAACCUAUAUUCUUCUAGCAGAAGUUGCUGUGGAUUGGAUAAAGCAUUCGUUCAUUACCAAAUUUAAUGUGAUCCCUUCAAAUGUUUAUGAGGAGUAUACUGUGAGCAUUGCAUACGACCUAUUAUUAUGCCAUCAGGGGAAGAAUACAUCAGAUUACUCCGACCUUCUCUCACGUCGUAUGGGUCUUACUCCGAUCCCCCUUAGUUGUUUAAUUAAUGCUAUGCUUUUUCAAACAAUAAGAAAUCCCAGCACUCUUUGCCUUACUUUACCGUUUGUUGUGUCUGUACUAUUUGCAGUUAAAGUUGCAACUAACCUUACCCUUAUGUCCAUGGCUUAUUCUCAUGUACGUGAGUACAUAAAUGCAGCAAGUACUGUUCGACAGGAUGAAAAUUGUUCUUUCGACAAUGAUAAAACUGGUGGUGUUUUCACAACUACAGUAAAAGGGAAUAUGAAACAGUCUCAACAUAUUCUUUCAGAAAAGGAAAUUCGGAUAUCAUCAAGAAAGCCUCCUUUUGGUUUCACAGGUUAUGACCAACCGACUAAAGAUGAAGAUUGCUUUUUGCCGACGGGUCUUAGGUAUCGGAAAUUCAAAAGCGACUCAGGUCCCGUAGAUAUAACAGUUAAUAUGGACAUAAAUCACUCACUAACUCCUGAAGAUACAUCAGAACUCGCUGGAAAUAAGCUUAGAGUGUUAAGUCCGAUUUCCACGGGUAGCAUUUGGAAUGAAUUGAUUGAACCAUAUCAAUCAAUUAUGGCCUCUGCAACCGGAACACCGAAGAGUCUAUAUGAACUUAGUGAAUCAGCCCCAUUAAGUAAGUGACUUCCCAUUUGACUGCUAGUUAAGUUACAUGAAAGUCGCACAACCUGCUCUUUUUCGACUAAUGUGUCAUCUUUCUAUUUCAUUUUAGCACCUCUUAGUCGAAUAGGGUCAGCAAAUCGGAUAUUCAAUCCUGGGAAUAAUAAGUCAGAAAUCGAGUGCGAACGUGGUUUCCAUGGUUCAUGCGUGUUCCAGACUGAAGAUAAACCUCAGUUUACUGCUUACACAAAUACUCCAAUUGCUACAUUACAUAAUGAGGGACUACAUGUACGCAACAGGUAUGAGAUGACUAGUAUCUUAGAAUUAUAUAGCAAUAAAGACGAAUCAUUUACAACAAUGGUACGACCUCCUAGUGCUUGUGUUUUAUUAAGACCAAGGUAUUACAGUAUCGAUCUAGGUAUUCUGAGUACCUUUUUAAAUUCUAUGGAACGCAAUGUACGUGCUACAGAUGAAACACCAAUUAAAGAUGGAAGUGCUCAGGAAAAUGAAUCAAAGCCUACCUAUACUUUCAAUCCUAUACACAAACGCCGGAUACGUACAAUGACUGAAAGUUCAGGCACUGCCCCUUCACAUCCUCCAAGGGACCCUACAAUACCAAUUCUAUUGGAACGAAGCAGUAGAAAUAGUACGGCCAACCAGUUCGGUUUGGAUCAACUGAAACCAAUAACACCUGGACGAGUAAAGCAGCCAUUGUCUGAUAUUGAUCGUUAUUCAAUGGUAGAAGGACAAAUUAGUUGACUCAACUUGUGUAAUUUAAUGACUGUACAUUUCUUGUAUGUAUAUUCUAAAAUAACAAAAUGUUUU